AUUCGGAGCUGGGUUUGCUUUUAGCCAUUGAUAUUUGAUUCUCUGUCUCUCUCUUUCUUCGUCUCUCUCGCGAAAAUCGUAUCAGCAACAAUGUCUGGGGAAUCAGCGAGCGCAAUUCAAAAGGGUCAAGUUGAUCUCUUAGACUUCAUAGACUGGUCUGGGGUUGAAUGCCUCAAUCAGAACUCAACCCACCCUCUCCCCAAUGCUAUCAAACAGGGUUAUAGAGAAGACGAUGGUUUGCAUCUGGAGAGUGAUGCUGAUGAGCAGCUUUUGCUCUAUAUUCCUUUCACACAAGUUGUUAAACUCUAUUCCAUUGUUAUCAAAGGUCCUGAAGAUGAAGGCCCCAAGACAGUGAAGCUCUUUUCUAACAAGGAGCACAUGGGAUUCAGUAAUGUCAAUGACUUUCCACCAAGUGAUGUGGCAGUUUUGUCCGAGGAAAACCUUAAGGGGAAACCGGUAAUUUUAAAGUAUGUUAAAUUCCAAAAUGUUCGAAGCUUGACAAUUUUUAUUGAGGACAACCAAUCAGGUUCAGAGAUCACAAAAGUUCAAAAGAUUGUGCUGCACGGUACAACAGUUGAAACAACGGAUAUGAAGGGUUUGAAGAAGAUUGAGGAUCAUUGACUCCCUUGAAAGAGUAGAUUCAACCCAUUCAAGUUUGCUCCUAAUCCACCCUUUAGAAAUUUUGAUUGGAAAUGUUUUAUAUGAGCGUCAUGAAUGAUGGUUUAUGACUGCUAAUGUCUAUCUCAUUUCAAAUAAGACUGAUGCACAGUAUAUCAACAUGGUUGUGACGAUUUAUGUGAUAGGAGGUAACAUUCGAGGUGCAGGGUUUUGAAGUGUGUAAACUUAUUGUGUUUAAAAUUAACUUGAAUGACUGAAUCUGGAAGGAGCUAGAGUGCAUUGAUGGUGUCAUCGUAAUCAGUUAUACUGCUAAGAUUUAGGAAUAUCACCGCUACCUGCACCAAGUAGGGUCAUGCCUCUAUUUUCUGUUCACCCUUGUACCUAUAUUCUACACCAUCAUCGCUUUUUUCUUCUUGCUCCAUAAACAAUAUAUGUACUAAGCACAUGAAAUAACGGAAUGGGCUUCUGAACUGUAGUUGAGCCGUUUUGCUGUUCAUAAACUAGUUGUGGAGAUUCUAUCUUGACACAACUAUAGCCAAGCCUGUGACGCAUUUUGCAAUAUCA